GUGUGUGUGUGUGUGUGUGUGUGUGUGUGUGUGUGUGUGGUUGGUUAGUUCUGAAACACCGCUAUUCGGUAAUCCCUGAAGAAGUAGGACAGCGCGGCGGUUUGAACGGUGCUAGAGAGCGAACCCAAUUUCAUAUUUAUCUCUCUUCAGGGUCAGGUUUAUUCCAACACAUUUCAACCGCUCUACCUUUUAGAUGUAGCACAGAGAGCCAGUACCCUGAAACCCUGCACAAUUGCGCUGCCAGUAGCCACCCUAGCGUCUGUCCAGGUACCUUUUGACCCUCCGCACACGCGCACUGACGCACGUCGCACACACACUUUUCUCCAGGAAUUCCUCUGUCUGGAAGCACGCAUUGAAAUCAGCUGUUCCAAGACAGCCCAAGGUUAGGGUAAAGUCUUCAUGUGAGACGGUACCCGUCUUUCUUUCCCUAAGUGAAACAACCGUCAUUUACUGUUAGCCAAUUGGAAGCAGCAUUUUGGGCAUGUGAUCAUUAGCCCCCAUGCCAUUACUGAUUAUUGAAAAUCCCUUUUCAUUCAGUGGAUGUGUUGCUGGAUCUCUCCAAAACCUUGCCUCCGAGCACUUGGAGGGAUGAAAUGCAAACGCUAAUCUGUUUUGGAUUUACUCAGUGAAUAUAAUCAAAAGGUUUUCAUAGGUAGCGCCACUUCUCAGAAUGUGCUGAACAAUGAAGUUGUUUACGGAAGGGUCUUCUGGAACACCAGAGAGCAAACUAUAAACGAGGAAAAUAUGCAGCCAUGUGCAAUUUUCUAACGUGUGUGUGUGUGUGUUUUGAUCGGAUUUGAUUUGACAAAAUACGCUCCUUAAAGCCCCCUACUGAUCAGCUGUGAGGUAACCGCCCCUCUCACUCUGCGGUCUACUGCUGGGAAAAUAUACGUUGUAACCGCCACACGCAACAUAAAUACACAUUCUGGCUUACACACACAAGCACACUCGCGCAGGGGGAUGAAUGUGCAUUCUUUUGCCACCUAGGCGCCAGGAAUGUUUUCAGUGAAACCAUGCCAACGGCGCAGUUCCUGCAGAGCUAACUCCAUGGGUCUAGUAACGCCGGAGAGAGCGAGGGAGUGACUAGAACUCUCUCUGUUCAUUAGUUCACAUUUCCUAUUCUCCUCGCCCUUUUAGACCAACAAAAGGCUAAAGGGAAAGGACAAUCAGAUGACUAAAGAGAGACAGUGCCAGAGGGAGAGAGAUGGAGAGAAGAUAACGCAGGGAAGGGGCAGUAGAGAGAGAAGGCGACGUUAUGGAGAAGAGUAUUGAAGGGAAGCAUAGAAGGUGCCAAGAUGGAUGAGACGGAGAAGUACCAGCAGAGACUGCAGGCUAUCGCUGAGAAGCGUCGCAUGCAGGAGGAGCAGGAGCAGGCGAAGAGAGACAUGGAGGACGAGAGACUGCGCUUACAGCAGCUAAAGCGGAAGUCCCUGCGGGACCAAUGGCUGAUGGAGGGUCCUCCCUCCUCACCCACCACCCCCACCUCACCAUCCACCAAGGACAGCCCCCACUCCCCCCUCUGGGGCCCCCACACCCCGGAGACCGAGAAACGCAUUGACGAGUUGCAGGAAGAGAGUCGGCGGCUGGCUAAAGGGGAGCUACUAGACGAGCAGACGGAGGAUGGCAGAACGGAUACUGUCAAUGCAGCGGAAGCCACAGAAGAUGUUCUGCAGAACGGGCAGGAGAAACCCACACGAUCAGAUGCAAUAGAAGACGAAGUGACAAAGAGCCUCUCCUCAUUACUGGAUGAAACAGAGGCGGUCCUGACCAAUGGCAGCACUGGGGAAGCAGUGCAGACCAAUCCUAGCCCUUUAGAAAUAAACACUUCCACCUGCGGCCCCACAGAGCCAGUGGUGGUCUCCGACGGCAACACUGCACCAGCGUCAGUCACCUCCGGCACCACAGAGCCAGCGGUGGUCUCCGAUGGCUCCCUCGCCACAGCGCUACUGGGCUAUGUCCACACAGAGCCAGGUCUGGCCUCAGCCGGGAGGGGGGUCGACGAUGAGGACGAGGACAUCCUGGUGAUGCGAGCGGAGCGGGUCAUCGUCCUAACGGAUGAAGAUGUACCACCUCAGGACCAAGAGAAGGAGGAGGAGGAGGAGGAGGAGGAGGAGGAGCAGCAGCAGGAGGAGGUGAAGGAGGAGGAGUCAGUCCCGCUGGACGCAGCACAGGGAGUGGCUGAAGGAGAGACUAUGGCGCAGGUGGAAGCAGCGCCGUUGGAUACCUCUGCUGUCACUCCUCACGGGGAACAGUGUGAGAGGAGUGAGGGGCUGGUCACAGUCACUGCAGAGGCGGGUGACUCCUCAGCGGACGCACAGAUGACAGGAGACGCAAUUUCAAAUAAAGAAGAAGGAAGAGGAGUGGCCGACGAUGCAUCCAUCGCACCCAACUCGGAUCCAUCCCUGCAGUCCGCAGCCGGUGCUCCAGAUGACCCCGCUGUGGCCUCCGUGCCAACCUACUCCCAGGGCCUGCCCUCCCCACGGCUGGGGCCAGGGGGAGAGACUGGGGCAGGGGCUGGGGCCCCUGCAGCAGCUCCAGGGGGCGGAGCCUCAGAGCUGGCCACUCCGGCCAAGCCUCCGACACCGCUUGCGAGCGACUUCCAGGAUGUACCGCUGUCGGCGCCGCAGGGGACCGGGGCCCAGCCUGGGGAGCAGGACCCCCUGCUGGGUAAGGCCAAAGCCCCCCAGAUGAAGGCAGGGGGCUCCUCGUUUGUGGAGGCCCGCAGAGGCCCAUCCUCCAAUGCGGAAGCACACGCCCCUGCCUCGACCAAUAGCUGUGGAGCGGAGGAGGGAGUGUCCCCCAAGCACAAAACCUGCCAGUGUUGCUCGGUCAUGUGAUCAUCUCUUCUUACUUUGCAUUGGCUGUCGGCCAUACCCACACUGCUUAUUUUUUAAAUUUUAACCAACACAAACCUUGAUUUUCUUCCUAUUCCCGGGACAGAAACGUUACUUUAGGUCCACAACAAUGACCACCAGAACCCAUGUUUCCAUACAGCCGUGGACGUGUCCUUUUACCCACUCCAGCACACUGUGAAACGUUGUGGCGUACUGUGGAUGUCUGGGAAGUUGGUCUCAAUGUGCCUCUCCAUGCUAUCACCAGAAACUUAACAUUAUUUUCCCCCACCAAACACAGCACAUUUUUCACACAGUUGAUGGUUACCUGGCCUUAUUGGUUGUAAUCAAACUGUUCAAAUAGACUUGACUGACAUAAAUAAACCAACACAUGUCUACGCAUAGUAGGAGAUGAUUUUAAGCCCCAAUUACUGACAUAACAGGGACCAAAGAUAUGUAUGAUGUGCAAUUGCUUUCGCUAUAAUGAAUCAUGUAGUAUUAAUUAUUUGUAACACUAUAUGGUCUGGUGAUGCUGGAAUAUGUACUAUGCAGUGGCAGCUGUUCAUGAGAUAAAAUAUUUUAUAGAUAUUUCUUUUUUAUAUCCAACUUAAGGCCCUAAUCAUAUGUAUUCAGAUUUGUUUUUGUUUUUUCCGUAAAAGACAUCAAAAAGGGACGUUGUCACUCCCAAAAUGAAUUGGAGGAAAUGCUAUCCUUCAUUUAUGGAGAUUUUUUUUUCUCUUUUCGGCACUUUUAAAAAGGGAGGUUAUUUAGCGAAGUGCUGUAGGUGAAUCCACUGUGUACCAGGCCUUACUUUAAUGAGUGCUUCCAGGGUUUGACUCCAGCUAUCUACAUGUAUUAAUACUCCAGCUAUCUACAUGUAUUAAUAUUUCUGAGGGUGAACGUGGCUUGGCUGUGUACAGAGAUCUGCUUUGUUUUGAACCUGUCAGUUUGGAAAUGUGCAACAUGGUUUAAUUAUUAAACUGACUGUUUGAUUAAAAAAGAAAAAAAAUCUCCAUGUUCAUCAAACCCUUGGCUCUUUAAACAGGGAAACUACAGUAUUGCCCCAUGGGAGUCCUUUAAUCAAACACAUGUUUUCAUAUUUUCAAUGAAAUGUUGAAGCUCAAGGAGGCAGUAAUUAUAUUGUAUUAUAAUAAAAGGUCCAAUAAACCCUUACCUUGUUAUCGA